AUUAUCUUUGCCGUUUAUAUAUUUAUCACCAUUCUCUUCUCUUUAUGUACUCAUUAAGCUCACGGAAAGAAAUUUAUCAAUCCUUUCAACUCUAAUUUAAUUACAAUCAUGUCGAAAAUUGUCGAAGACGUCAAGACCGGCAUCAAAGGUAUCCGCGGCGUGGGAGACGCGAUCCGCGGGGAAGUACUCGAUGCCACCGACCAAGCAUUCGACAACAAGAAUCACCCGGAGACCCAAUCAUCUCAGUUAAAGAACAGAACUAUUGCAGAAAAAGGGAAACAAGACGUUCGAAAUGUAGAUGAUAUGUUGGCACGACGAGAAUGGGAACGCAAAGGAGUUUCCGAUGCAGAACGGCCUGCUUCGACACAUCAUUCCGCUACAACCGGCGAACCUAACGCACCAGCCCCUACAGCAACGGGUAAUGGGCUACAAAGGAGCAUUUAAACACCAUUUAAGAACUGACGGGAGAUUGUGAAGGAUUUAAGCGGUAUUCAGAUAAUCUCCAGCCUCGCCCGCUUCGAUGGCGUAAAUAGAAGCCAAUUCGCGACUCGACUUAGGUACAUCAAGUGCUUUGUGUUAUGUACACUAUUACUGUACCUAAGUAUACUACGAAUAUAUGCACCAAUUCGUUACAGGAUAAUAUCUUCGAAAUUUUGCUAGUUAUGCCAAAAUAGCGGCAUUCAUUCAUUCAACCUUUUACUCUAUGAGCUGCUAGUAUGAUUCCCAGUCGA